AUGGGGAACAACCCCUCCACCUCCAGAGACUCCAAGACCCCGAAUCCGACAUCCUCCUCCUCUCAAUCGCAGUCGCAGCACCAGUCGCAAACUUCGAUCCAAAAUGACUCUGCCAGAGCAGUGAAGCGCGACACCAAGCACCCCAUACCGGUCCAACAUCAGCGAGUCGCUGCCCCUCCUGAACCCUCCCUGACCCAGGCCCAGGGCACCGCCGUCCAGCCGCCUUCCAUCAAACCCAAAUCGCUGCACUCGCGAAUGCCAUCUUCCCAGAGCGGCUCACCGGGCUCGUCGGUGCCUGCCAGCUCUGUUACCCCCACCAAACCUGUCGAAGUCAAACAGCCGAGACCCGAAGGCAGCCAUGAGCCCGCGAAACCCGUAGCGGUACCCGCUUCAUACCACGCCUCGUCGUCCUCACCUAGAUCGUCAGUGCGAUCGCCGCUAUCAGAGAGAUCGGAUGCUUUUGAGACUGGAGCCAUGCAGAUGAGCAGCCUGCAAGAUGUCUCAUAUUUGACCAGGCCACCGCGACUACCUCUGCCUAUUGAAGAAGAGCUUCACACGCCCGGAUCGCCUAUUAUUGCCCCGACCGACAUUGGGGUACCGCUCGAGGACGCCGACACUUUCACUGCGCUCACCAGACGUUUCUCCAACUUGAGUAACAGCUCGACUCUGGAUGAAGAAGACACGGGUGAGCUACGGGUGGACAAGACUAGACCGACUGUCCCCACUAGGCUCGAAUGGCUCCGGGGCGGCGAGAAGGUUGAGGGUCGACCGGGUGUUUUUGCUGCCAUCAUCAAUAUCCUGCCAGGCACGCAUCACGUUCGCUUCUUGGUUGACGGCCAGAUGCAGACCUCGCCAGACUUGCCGACCACGGUCGACUUCGGCAACAACCUGGUCAACUACAUCGAGGUCAGCCCUGACGAUGUGGGACGCACCGCUGCUCAGGCAGCGGCCGCCGACAAGGAUUCCCAGCAACCUACGGAGCCCAAGGCAUCCGCGUCCCAGACGGAGGAGAGCAAGACACCAAGGGACCGACCCGUACCCCCGGCAGAGCUAUUCGAGAACAAGAUCCCGCAAUAUCUACUCGACUUCGAUGCGCCUGAGGAAAGCCCGCCUUACCUGAGUGCCGACGCCAUCGAGAAACUCCCAACGCCGCCUGCGCUCCCUGGCUUCCUUGGCAAGCCUAUUCUUAACGCGGCUACCUUGAUCAAGGAUGACAAUAGCGUUCUGAACAUGCCCAACCAUACCGUUCUUAACCAUCUAGCUACGAGCAGUAUUAAGAAUAAUAUUCUGGCUGUUUCGGCAACGACGAGAUACAAGAACAAGUAUGUGACAACCAUCAUGUACAAGCCAACAACAACAGAAGGCAUCUGA